AUGGUAUACCGUUGGAUUAUGAAAUCCGUUUUAGCCAAUGAGAAAUUCCUUAAGAAGGUUGCUGACAGCUUUUUGGUAAAGGUUGCGGCUCAGGUGACAGCAUAUUUUGUACAUCGAGGAAAAGAAGUUGGUAGAAAAAAGAUCAAGAAUAUGUACAAGAGUAUUGAUCAAAAGGAUCCGGGUUCUUCAAAAUCGAAAUCAGGAAAAUCUAAAGUGAAGCCAGCCCAUGUUUUAAAAAGUUUUUCUGAGGCUUUUAAAGAGCAGUGGAAACAAGAAGAAUUGAAACGACAACAGAAAAAGCUGGCAAAAAAAGCAAAAAAGGCAAAAAAGUUACAAGAAGGAAACGAAUAA